GUCCCUGACCGCCCGCCCUCUGCAGGGAGCAGGAUGGCAGAGCCGGACGUGAGGAGCUUCCUGCGGAGGUUGGGGGAGGACUUCCCAUCGGCCCUCGGCCCCGAGGACCCCCUCCCCCUCAGACCCCUGAGCCGGGGGGCCGUCGGCCUGGAGGAGCUGCAAGGGGAGAGCCUGGAGCUGGGCCUGCGCCUGCUAGGCACCUGGUCCACCCCACCAGCUCUGUCUGCCCUCCUCUGCCAGGCUGCGGUGGCCAAGGUUCUCCAGAGUGACCUUUCACCUUUCCACUGCCCCCCCCAGACCCUCGCCAACCAGGAGCAGGAGGUGGACCAGGACCCGGUUCAGUUGCUCCAAUCAGAUCCCUUCCAGCGGUUCUUCCUCAACACUCUGCGGGAGGUGGGCGUGGCCUGGCACCGGACUCCUCCCACCCCCCCCCCGAGCCCCACCUCCUUCGUGCCGCUCUGCUCCGUCCACGCCAUCAGGAACGCCCGCAGGAAGAUGGAGGACCGCCACGUGGCGCUGGAGCACUUCAGCACGCUGUUCAACCUCCAGGACGGGGUACAGCGCCGCUACUACGGCGUGUUCGACGGCCACGGGGGCGUCGACGCCGCCGUCUUUGCCGCCGCCCACCUGCAGGUCCUCCUCAGCCAGGAGGCGGAGCUACGGAGCGCCGCCGCCGCCGCCUUCAGACACGCCUUCCAGCUCACCGACCAGAUGUUCAGAGACAAGGCCGGCCGCGAGCGGCUCCGGAGCGGCAGCACGGGGGUGGCGGUGCUGAUCCAGGACCAGGACCUGACCCUGGCCUGGCUGGGGGACUCCCAGGCCCUGCUGGUCACCCAGGGCCACGUGGUGCCCCUCAUGGAGCCCCACAAGCCAGAGAGAGAGGAUGAGCGGCGGCGCGUUGAGGAGCUGGGGGGCUGCGUGACCUUCAGCGGUUGCUGGAGGGUCAACGGCACCUACGCCGUGUCCCGGGCCAUAG